AUGACCACAGGCUCUUCAGUCGAUCUCGAGAAACGAGUUCGAGAGCUCCUGCUCGCAUUCGAAAAAGCAUCCACUGUCGACGUAGGAACCAUCCUACAGCAUUUCACUUCGGAUGCAAAGUUCUGGAUUUGGGGUUUACAGAAGCCUCCUUCUGUGGGACAUGAUGAAAUACGACACGGACUUGAACAAUUAGCUGCAGCCAUUAAAGACUUCACCAUAUCUAUCGAGCACAUAACGGUUGGUGGAAACACUGUUAUGGUGGAAAGAGUGGAGAAAUUCACCUAUCUUGGGAAGCAUCAAGUAACACUGCCCGUCGUUGGCGUUGGGGGGGUUGAUGCUGACGGCAAGUUUGUGGUGUGGAAAGACUACUUUGAUCCCAGUGAAAUGUAUAGCUUGGGAGCCGCCAAAGAGUAA